GCUUUCCUCAGGCUGAGGGCGACUUUUCCGCUCCUCGAGGCGUGAGGGGAGCGGGUGGGAGCCGGUUCCCGCGCCCCGGAGACCGGGAGCCAGGCUGGCCGGAUCCCCUCCAGACAGACAACGCCUCGGUGUCUUCUCCGCCAUCUCCUCCCACCGGCGACAUGGAGAAAGCCCCCAUGCAGCCAUCUCAAGACCAGGUGGCCUUUGAAGAGGUGUCUGUGUAUUUCACCAAGGGGGAGUGGGCCCUGUUGAGUCCAGCCCAGAAGACUCUCUACAAAGAGGUCAUGCUGGGGAAUUUUGAGAACGUGGCCUCUCUGGGACCUGUGAUUACCAAACCUGACCUCAUAUCCUGGCUGGAAGAAGAGGAAGAACUGUUUCUCCUGAUCUCUGAUGAAGAGGAAGGAUUGGCAGCAGAUGGUGUGUGGGAGUCAAUGACUGAAUAUCCAGUGAUGGAGGGAGAACACAUGUUUUCAGAUGUGGAAGACAGCAUUGAAUAUUGUGAUGUAUUAAGGAUGGGGGAGCGAAAAACUGUACUUAAUGUGAGGAAAAAUUACAAUGAUCUACGAGGUGAAAAUUCUCAAACUCCUCCCCUUCAAAAAAUGUACAAAGGAGACAAUAGGAAUGAGUGCCCUGCACACAGAAGAAGUUUCUCUGAAAAAUCGGAUUUUAAUUUGUAUUGGAACAUCCCUAAUAGAGGAAAAACAUUUAAAUGCCCAGAAUAUGGAAUAGCAUCCCUUGAAAAAAUUCCCAGCAGGGAGAAACCAUAUAAAUGCCUGGAGCGUGGGAAAAGCUUCAGUCAGAGUGGACAACUGUCUUCCCACCAAAGAAUUCAUACAGGGGAGAAACCGUAUAAAUGUUUGGAGUGUGGGAAAAGCUUCAGUCAGCGUGGAAACUUUUUUUCCCACCAAAGAAUUCACACAGGGGAGAAACCAUAUAAAUGCUUGGAGUGUGGGAAAAGCUUCAGUUGGCGUGGAGGCCUUUCUUCCCACCAAAGAAUUCACACAGGGGAGGAACCGUAUAAAUGUUUGGAUUGUGGGAAAAGCUUCAGUCAUCAUGGAAGCCUUUCUUUCCACCAAAGAAUUCACACAGGGGAGAAACCAUAUAAAUGUUUGGAGUGUGGGAAAAGCUUCAGUCAGAGUGGACAACUGUCUUCCCACCAAAGAUUUCACUCAGGGGAGAAACCGUAUAAAUGCUUGAAGUGUGGGAAAAGCUUCAGUCAACAUGGAAGCCUUUCUUCCCACCAAAAACUUCACACUGGGGAGAAACCAUAUAAAUGUUUGGAGUGUGGGAAAAGCUUCAGUCAGCGUGGAAAUCUUUUUUCCCACCAAAGAAUUCACACAGGGGAGAAACCAUAUAAAUGCUUGGAGUGUGGGAAAAGCUUCAGUCGGCGUGGAGGCCUUUCUUCCCACCAAAGAAUUCACACAGGAGAGAAACCAUAUAAAUGUUUGGAGUGUGGGAAAAGCUUCAGUCGGCGUGGAGGCCUUUCUUCCCACCAAAUAUUUCACUCAGGGGAGAAACCAUAUAAAUGCUUGGAGUGUGGGAAGAGCUUCAGUUGGCGUGGAAACCUUUUUUCCCACCAAAGAUUUCACACAGGGGAGGAACCGUAUAAAUGUUUGGAUUGUGGGAAAAGCUUCAGUCAUCAUGGAAGCCUUUCUUUCCACCAAAGAAUUCACACAGGGGAGAAACCAUAUAAAUAUUUGGAGUGUGGGAAAAGCUUCAGUCAGAGUGGACAACUGUCUUCCCACCAAAGAUUUCACUCAGGGGAGAAAUCGUAUAAAUGCUUGAAGUGUGGGAAAAGCUUCAGUCAGCAUGGAAGCCUUUCUUCCCACCAAAGAUUUCACACAGGGGAGAAACCGUAUAAAUGUUUGGAAUGUGGGAAAAGCUUCCGUCUGCGUGGAAGCCUUUCUUACCACCAAAGAAUUCACACAGGGGAGAAACCAUAUAAAUGCUUGGAGUGUGGGAAAAGCUUCCGUUGGAGUGGACAGCUGUCUUCCCAUCAAAGAAUUCACACAGGGGAGAAAACGUAUAAAUGCUUGAAGUGUGAGAAAAGCUUCAGUUGGAGUGGACAACUGUUUUCCCACCAAAGACUUCACGCAGGGGAGAAACCGUAUAAAUGCUUGGAGUGUGGGAAAAGCUUCAGUCAGAGUGGACAACUGUCUUCCCACCAAAGAUUUCACACAGAGGAGAAACCAUAUAAAUGCCUGGAGUGUGGGAAAGGGUUCAGUCAGCGUGGAAGCCUUUCUUCCCACCAAAGAAUUCACACAGGGGAGAAACCAUAUAAAUGCUUGGAGUGUGGGAAAAGCUUCCGUCGGAGUGGACAACUGUCUUCUCACCAAAGAGUUCACACAGGGGAGAAACCAUAUAAAUGCUUGGAGUGUGGGAAAAGCUUCCGUCGGAGUGGACAACUGUCUUCUCACCAAAGAGUUCACACAGGGGAGAAACCAUAUAAAUGUUUGGAGUGUGGGAAAAGCUUCAGUCAGAGUGGACAACUGUCUUCCCACCAAAGAAUUCACACAGGGGAGAAACCGUAUAAAUGUUUGGAUUGUGGGAAAAGCUUCCGUCAUAGUGGAAGCCUUUCUUCUCACCAAAGAAUUCACACAGGGGAGAAACCAUAUAAAUGUUUGGCGUGUGGGAAAAGCUUCAGUCGGCGUGGACAACUGUCUUCCCACCAAAGAAUUCACUCAGGGAAGAAACCGUAUAAAUGCUUGGAGUGUGGAAAAAGCUUCAGUCGGUGUGAACAUCUGUCUUCUCACCAAAGAAUUCACACAGGGGAAAAACCAUAUAAAUGUCUGGUGUGUGGGAAAAGCUUCAGUCAGCGUGGAAGCCUUUCUGACCACCAAAGAUUUCACACAGGGGAGAAACCAUAUAAAUGCCUGGAGUGUGGGAAAAGCUUCAGUCAGCGUGGAAGCCUUUCUUCCCACCAAAGAAUUCACACAGGGGAGAAACCAUAUAAAUGCUUGGAGUGUGGGAAAAGCUUCCGUCGGAGUGAGCAACUGUCUUCUCACCAAAGAGUUCACACAGGGGAGAAACCAUAUAAAUGCUUGGAGCGUGGGAAAAGCUUCAGUCAGAGUGGACAACUGUCUUCCCACCAAAGAUUUCACAUGGGUGAAACCAUAUAAACGCCUGGACUGUGGAAAAAGUUUCAGUCACAUUGGAAACUUUAAUCACCACCAAAGAAUUUACAUGGGAGAAAGCAUGUAAAUGACUGGAGUGUGGAAAAAGCUUCAUUCUGAGUGGACGACUCUCUUCCCACCAAAGAAUUCACACAGGGAAGAAAACGCAUAAAUGCUUGGAGUAUGGGAAAUGCUUUAGUCGGAGUGGGUGAUUGCCUUUCCACCAAAGAAGACUGUUCAGAUAAAAAAUCCACUCUUGAGUAAGGAAUAACGUUUUAGAAGCCUCCUUGACACAACAUUUCUCUGAUCAACAGCAUAAUAUAUGUGACAUCAAAGUAGCAACUUUAUUUUGUAGCGCAUAAAGGGCUCAAUCAAUGUACACAAUAUGUACUGUUGCAGAAAGAAGCUCAGUGGAUUUUUUUCCUGAACAGUAUGGAGCCUCAUGGUCUCAAUAGUGAACUGUUACUGAAUAGUUUUUUAGGAUGACAGUCUCACUAGGAUUAGGUCGCUGCACCUUUAACUUUAUUAGGAUGAAGGUUGAGACAACUGAAAUAGAAAAGAGACAAUUACCUUUGAGACUCUAUGAGAACUCUUCGAUACUUACCUGUUUCAUGGUCCCGGAGCAACUACCCUGACUCCUAUUGAAUACCACGAGGGGGGGAAUGUUCUGUCCAUUACAGACUGUCUUUGUAUGAAUCAUAACAUUGUAUGUAUAUACUGUUACUGAGUUGCUGAAUUUGUAUGAAGCAUUUUCACGUGUUAUGAGCACUGUCACUUUAAAAAUACUGUAAACUAGAAAAUUGUGCUGUUCUUUCGCAGGUGGAAUUUUCCACAACUACACCGGAAAGGGCAGAUCCCUUCUGGAGAGCCAAGGGGAAAGAGUGCAGUCCCAGACUGCAUUGAUCAGACUGCAUGGCUGGGUGUUGCCCCUUCUCAUCCA